GCAAUGAGAUGAAUCAACACUGAUAUAUAAUUGUAAAUCUGAACACUCCUAAUUCUGACCUGACAAAAUACGUGUUACUGACAUUAUUUUUUCUCUUUAUUGUUCUGAACUAGAACAAACAGAUGUACAAAAUAUGCUACUUGGAGAUGCUGACGAAUAACUCUAAAUAUUUGACUUUAAGCUACUCUGCUAAAAGCUAGAAUGAAACAGUUGCCUGCAGCAACAGUUCGCCUCCUUUCAAGUUCUCAAAUAAUCACUUCAGUGGUCAGUGUUGUAAAAGAGCUCAUUGAAAACUCCUUGGAUGCUGGUGCCACAAGCAUAGAUGUUAAACUGGAGAACUAUGGAUUUGAUAAAAUUGAGGUGCGAGACAAUGGUGAGGGUAUCAAGGCUGUUGAUGCACCUGUAAUGGCAGUGAAGUACUACACCUCAAAAAUAAAUAGUCAUGAAGACCUUGAAAAUUUGACAACUUAUGGUUUUCGUGGAGAAGCCUUGGGGUCAAUUUGUUGUGUAGCCGAGGUUUUAAUUACAACAAGGACAGCUUCUGAUAACUUUAGCACCCAGUAUGUUUUAGAUGGCAGUGGCCACAUAAUUUCUCAAAAACCUUCACAUCUUGGUCAAGGUACAACUGUAACUGCUUUAAAAUUGUUUAAGAAUCUACCUGUCAGAAAGCAAUUUUACUCAACUGCUAAAAAAUGUAAAGAUGAAAUUAAAAAGGUCCAAGAUCUCCUCAUAAGCUAUGGUGUACUUAAACCUGAAGUAAGGCUUGUUUUUAUACACAACAAGAUUCUUUUCCCAUGUAUGUCACUACAGAGUAUUGAGAAGAUUUCCCUGUGCUAUACAGCAAUUAUUUGGCAGAAAACUAGAGUAUCAGAUCAUAAAAUGGCUCUCAUGUCUGUUCUGGGGACUGCUGUUAUGGGGAAUAUGGAAGCCUUUCAGUACCACUCUGAAGAAUCUCAGAUUUAUCUAAGUGGAUUUCUUCCAAAACAUAAUGCAGACCACUCUGUCACAAGUCUUUCAACCCCAGAAAGGAGUUUCAUCUUUAUAAACAGUCGACCAGUACACCAAAAAGACAUAUUAAAGCUUAUCCGACAUUAUUACAAUCUGAAAUGCCUAAAGGAAACUACUCGGUUGUAUCCCAUUUUCUUUCUGAAAAUUGAUGUUCCUACAGUUGAUGUGGAUGUGAAUUUAACACCAGAUAAAAGUCAAGUAUUAUUACAGAAUAAGGAGUCUGUUUUAAUUGCUCUUGAAAAUCUGAUGACGACUUGUUAUGGAUCACUACCUAGUACAAAUUCUUAUGAAAGUGAUAAAACAGAUGUUUCCUCAGCUGACACGGUUGUUAAUAAAGCAACAGAAACAGAUGUGCUUUUUAUGGAAACAUGUGGAAAUAAUUAUCCAAAUGUUGAUACUUCAGCCAUUCUUUUCCAAAAUGAUGUGCAUGAUGAUAAAUCUGGGAACAACACUGAUUUUUGUGUAGAUCCUCAGAUACAUGUUGCUGACCAUUUUGGUGAUCAUUUUAAUAGUGAAAAUUCUAGCAUUGAUAAGAACACUUCUCAGGAGAUCCCAAUGAAUAAUUUACCAUGUGAAAACACCCAAAAGGAAUAUAGUGAAACUCGUCUUGUGGAUUCUGUUGAGCAUGCCCAAUCAGAAAAUGCCAAUAAAGAUCAUAUAGAGGAAAAUGAGGAAGAAGCAGUCCUUGAGAAGUCUUUGGAAAUUUGUGCAGAUGACUGGAGUAAGGGAAAUGUACUUAAAAAUUCAAGAGGAGAAAACAUUGAACCUGUGAAAAUUUUAAUGCCUCAAGAAAGUUUAGCAUGUAAAGUAAGCAAUAAUAAUAAUUCAAGUCCUGAGCAAAAGAAUCUCAGUGAAAGUUUCUGUGACAAAAAAUCAAAUGUGAUAGAUAACAAAUCUGGACAGCUUACAGCUUAUGAUUUAAUUAGCAAUCGAGUAAUCAAGAAACCCAUGUCAGCAAGAGCCCUUUUUGUUCAAGAUCAUCGUGCUCAGUUUCUCACAGAAAAUUCCAAGACUAGUUUGGAAGAUGCUACAGCACAAAUUGAAGAACUGUGGAAGACAUUGAGUGAAGAGGAAAAAGUAAAAUAUGAAGAGAAGGCUACUAAAGACUUGGAACGAUACAAUAGGCAAAUCAAGAAAGCCAUUGAACAGGAGUCACAAAUAUCAUUAAAAGAUGGGAAAAAAAAGAUAAAACCCACCAGCGCGUGGAAUUUGGCACAGAGGCACAAGUUGAAAACUUCGUUAUCUAAUCAGCCAAAACUUGAUGAGCUCUUUCAGUCCCAAUUUGAAAAAAAGAACCAAAACAUUAAAAUAGUUCAGAUCCCCUUCUCUAUGGAAAACUUAAAAAAGAAUUUUGAUAAACAUAACAAAUUUGACUUAGAAGAAAAGGAUGAACUCUGCUUGAUCCAUAGUCUCAAGUUUCCUGAUGCAUGGCUAAUUACAUCCAAAACAGAGAUAAUGUUAUUAAAUCCAUAUAGAGUGGAAGAAGCUCUGCUGUUUAAAAGACUUCUUGAGAAUCAUAAACUUCCUGCAGAACCACUGGAAAAGCCAAUUAUAUUAACAGAGAGUCUUUUUAAUGGAUCUCAUUAUUUAGAGAUUUUAUAUAAAAUGACAACAGAUGACCCAAGAUACAGUGGAUCAACUUAUCUGUCUGAUCCUCGUCUUACUGCAAAUGGUUUCAAGAUAAAAUUGAUACCAGGAGCUUCCAUGGCUGAAAACUAUUUGGAAAUAGAAGGAAUGGCUAAUUGUCUUCCAUUCUAUGGAGUAAUGGAUUUAAAAGAAAUUCUUAAUGCUAUAUUAAAUAAAAAUGCAAAGGAAGUUUAUGAAUGUAGACCUCGCAAAGUGAUGAGUUACUUAGAGGGAGAAGCAGUACGUCUAUCUAGACAGUUACCCAUGUACUUAUCAAAAGAAGACAUCCAAGACAUUAUCUACAGAAUGAAGAACCAGUUUGGAAAUGAAAUUAAAGGGUGUGUUCAUGGUCGCCCCUUUUUUCAUCAUUUAACUAGUCUUGCUGAAGCUACAUGAUUAAAUAUGUUUAAGACAAUUUGUUUUUAUUGACAUUGAUAUGGUUGUAAAAUUAUGAGUCAGUUUUCAAACCAUCUUUGUACUGUCAUGUGUUAAAUUGUUGUUUUAUAAGUGAGGAUUCACUGGCCUAUUUGUAUAUUGAAAAAAAUUUCCAAAACUGUAGAAAACUUAAAUAAACUAAUAUAGACUAUUAAUUCAUUUUAUUCUCAGGAACCAACCUUCAUAAUACUUGUUGUAAAUUCCUAAUUGAGAAAUACUUAAUAUUUUUCAAUGGUUGAUUUACCAGAUCCUUGGAGUGAACUGUAUCUACCAAAUUUGUAUGUUGAAGCCCGAACUCCCAUUGUGAUGGUAUAUGGAAAUGGUCCUUUUGGGGAGGUAAUUAAGUUUAGAUGGAGUCAUGAGGGUAGGGCCUUUGCGGUAGGAUGCAUGCCCUUAUAAGAAGAGAUACCAGAGAGUUCAUUUAUUUUUUUCUCCUUCCCUCCUGGCUCUCCUGCCAUGUUAGGAUUAAGAAAAAAAGUGGCCCUCUAUGAUUGAGGAAUAGAACUCUCACCAGAAACCAACCAUGUUGGUACCUUGACCUUGGACUUGUAGACUUCAGAACUGUGAGAAAAUAAAUGUCUAUUAUGC